UUUGUUUUUGAGGUUAGAAAACUUAAGCUGGACUCUGCUUUUAGGUUGAGUGCGUGAUACAAGUGUCCCUGUUAAAUUUGUAUUUUUCACACUUAUAAGCCACUGUUGAGUUACUUUUACUUGUUAUCUGUGUCUGUUUGUUUUUGUGUUGUAUCCGGUUUGUGUUGUACGCUUAUUCGGUAUCUCAACAUCCUCAUACUUUAAAUUCUCUUCCUACACUGUUCGAUUUCAGUCACUCGUCGUCCUUGUACUUGCACAACACCCUGCUACACUUUAAGCAGAGUUAUUAAAUUUCAUUUAUAAAUAUACCGAACAAGCAUAGAAUAGACAAUCCCUGCUACAUACACUAGUCAUUGGCUUAAUCUUUAAAGAAGAAAAAAAAAACUUAAGCUCAAUCAAAAAGUGCGUCGUCUUAUAAAAUAUAACCAAAAUGUUUAAAAUACCGAGUUGGGGAGAUGAUGUGCCACAAAGCAAUAUUGCGUUUGGGAAAGCUACCAAGCAUAAAAAACAACAAAAUGAGAUUUCCAUCCCACCUUCGACAACAAAACCUGUAAAGUCAUUGUUAAAUAGUGGUGCACCCAAAAAUGGAAAAAAGGAGAAGCAUAAAAAACCUAAAUUAAAUAAAAAUAACAAUACCAGUCAAAUUAGCAAUCAGCAGUUUAGUAAUAUAAAUUUAAAUAAAAAUCAACCAGGCAAUAAAAACAAUGCCAAAUCAUCUAGAAAGCGCAAACACAAAAACAUCUCUGUAGACACUAAUGAUGUUAAAAAUCAUGUUGCUGUAAAGAAAACAGACAAAGUUAAAAAAAGAAAAUAUGACUCGGAUACAUUAGAAAACACUUAUAAACAAGUUGAGGUUGCAGAAAAGGUAACUAACAGCAUUAGUGCAGAACCAAGAAAGAAAAGUUUACAACCAACAAAUAGCAAAAUAUAUAAGAAGAAAGAGAGGCUUAGAAAAAUUUUGGAAAUGCAAAGCAACAGAAACCAAAUUACUGUUAGUGGUAGCAACCUUAGGCAAAGAAUGUUGGAAAGGCUAAAAGCCGCUCAAUUCAGGUUCCUGAAUGAAAAACUGUACACUACAUCAGGGUCAGAAGCCCAGAAAUUGUUCCAGUCAGACCCUGAAGCUUUCCACACUUACCACCAGGGCUAUCAGCAGCAACUGAAGAAGUGGCCUGUAAACCCAUUGGACUUGAUAGUCAAAAGGAUAGCCAGAAUGCCUAAAACCCACUUGGUAGCCGAUAUGGGAUGCGGUGAGGCAGCUCUCUCGAAACGAGUCCAGCAGAAGGUCCGUUCGUUCGACCUCGUGUCGUCGCAGCCCGGUGUCGAGACGUGCGACAUGGCGCAUACGCCUUUGUUGGCCGCCUCCGUCGAUGUGGCGGUCUAUUGCCUCGCGCUGAUGGGCACUGACCUAACCCAGUACCUUGUGGAAGCCAAUCGGGUGUUGAAGAUGGGAGGGCAUCUUCUUAUAGCAGAAGUAGAGAGUAGGUUUGAGAAAGUGGAGACGUUUACUGAAGAAGUGCAGCGGCUCGGGUUUAAACUGAAGAACCUGGACAAAAGCCACCAGGUCUUCUUCUUCAUGGAGUUCGCGAAAGUGAAGGAUCCGCCCGCCAAGAAAUCCAAACUACCAACAUUAACGCUAAAACCAUGUUUGUACAAGAAGAGGUGAAUUAAAUUGUCAACAACUUAUGUUUCUUGUUUUAUUUCUCAUUGUACCUUCUCAUGGUACAAUGAACUGCUGAAAAGCAUGAAAUGUAGCAGCUCUUGGUUUUCGCGUGGAUAGUAAGUUUAAACAGCAUUAUAUUAUUAAGCUAUCCCAUACAGCAUCAAUAGGGUAUUUCAUUCUACUUGUGAAAAAAUCAGAUCUAAAUGUAUUAUUGCGAUAGUAAAUGCAAAAAGGAGUCGGAAAAUAUUAGUUUC